CCAGCCUAGAAAGAAAACAACUCUGUACACGCUCAGAAACACUCCCGUCGCUCCAACCGGAAGAAACAAUUGUGGAACAAACCAGGCCCGCUGUCCUUGCUGCUCGACGAAGCAGACCAUCGAGGCAGCCGCCUCGCUCGCUGAGCGGCCGCCGCCAAACUGAACUCGAAAGCGCCGCCUCAGACUCCGCGUCUAGAAAGUCCCGCCCACCGUCGGCUUGGAUUGGCCGACGGCCCGCGGCGGCCGGAAGGUGUCAAUCAGGUCGAACCCGAAGCCUCGCCUCGAUUCGUCAAGCCCCUCCCCUCCCGUCACUUCCUCCCCAACCCAACCUGCUUUUACGGAUUCCUGCUCGGAAAGCGAAAAACAUUGCAAACAGAGAGAGACGGAGAAGAGAAGAGAAGAACGGGUGUCAGAGGAGCGCUCUGAUUGGCUGCCUUGCUUCCCUGCGUCAGCCCGUCGCGCUAAUGGCACGAACCAUCCUGCUUUGAAGAAAAAAAAAGGGGGGGAGCGGAAGGAAGGAAGGAAGCGAGCGAGGGCCCUUGGGCUGGACUCGUCUGUCAUCCGAAGGCCGGGGGGGGGGAGGCGGAAGCGCUUUCUCUCCCAGGGUGCAGUUCGCGAGGGGGUACCGAAGGCUCCCUCAGGAUUCUGUGAGGAGAAGGAGCGGCGCGGGCGGAGGCGGCGCCGUGGCGGCGGCGGCGGCGGCGUUUGGUGCUCGGUCCAAGAUGGCGGUGCAGGAGUCGGCCGCUCAGCUCUCGAUGACUCUGAAGGUGCAGGAGUACCCCACGCUCAAGGUGGGUGGGCCGCUCUCCCCGGCGAGGCCCCUCCGGGAGGCCCCGCUUCCUCCCAGGCCUCCGUUCCCUGCCUGGCGGGGGGAGACGCCUCCCGGCAUUUCGCACCAACGCGGCCGGGGGCCUCCGAGGCGCUCCCGAGAGGAGCGGGGGAAAGGGGGGCCAGAGAACGAGAGACGCGCCUCUUGUUAUCGUGGGUGUGUGUAUAUGUAUUUACAUAUGCAUGUGUGAAUAUAUGUAUAAAUGUAUACACUAUACACACACACACAUAUAUAUAUAAUAUACAAUGUGUGUGUGUGUACAUAUAUAUAUAUAUAUGCACACUAUAUACAUGUAUAUAUGUGUGUGUGUAUAUAUAUAUAUGUAUAUACAUGUAUAAGUAUAUACGUAUAUAUGUGAGUAUAUAUAUAUAUGUGUGUGUAUAUACGUAUAUAAGUAUACAUGUAUAUAUGUGUGUAUAUAUAUAUAUAUGUAUAUACAUAUAUAAGUAUAUAUGUAUAUAUGUUUGUAUAUAUACAGUGUAUAUGUGUGUAUGUAUAUACACACACAAGGGACGCGGGUGGCGCUGUGGGUUAAACCACAGAGCCUAGGACUUGCCGAUCAGAAGGUCGGCGGUUCGAAUCCCCACAACGGGGUGAGCUCCCGUUGCUCGGUCUCCAGCUCCUGCCAACCUAGCAGUUCGAAAGCACGUCAAAGUGCAAGUACCGCUCUGGCGGGAAGGUAAACGGCGUUUCCGUGAGCUGCUCUGGUUCACCAGAAGCGGCUUAGGCAUGCUGGCCACAUGACCCGGAAGCUGUACGCCAGCUCCCUUGGCCAGUAAAGCAAGAUGAACGCCAUAACCCCAGAGUCGGUCACGACUGGACCUAAUGGUCAGGGGUCCCUUUACCUUUUCUUAUGUAUACACACACACACAUAUACAAUGUACACACACACAAAAGAAUAUAUACAUAUGUGUAAAAACCCCACCCCCACGAUACACACACACAUAUAAACACCUCCAUAGAUAUAUAUACACACACACAUAUAUGGUGAGAGACUUAAUCUUCAUUUUGUGUGUGUGUAUGUGAUGUGGCGAGAGGCUUCACCCAUGCAGCCUUGUCUUUGCUAUUCAUGGUAUUUAUCUUGCUAGGUUAUCUUAAAAAACACACACACAAAAAUCACACACACAAAACAUCCGACACGGCUUCCACUUGAGUGCAGGAAGUUCCUGCAACCAAUUGGAAGCUGCGCCUUGGUUGUUGAACAUUUCGGAAGCCAAAAAGGCUUACGUUCGACAACCGAGGUUUGAAUAUCCAAUUCAAAUUUUCACAGCAUCAGCUGAAUUUGAUGAAACAAAGAAGUGGAUAUGGUGUCAUUAGAGCACUGGUGAGUCAGGCCCCCAAACCCCUAGAUGACUUUCAGUGCUUUCAUUACGAUUAGGAGGAACAUAUGGCCAGCCAGAUGUUGGACCGUGGUUCCUGAUGUUCCUUACCAUAGGACACGCUUGCUAGGAGUUAAAUCCUACAACAUAUGGAGGGUUACAGGGUCCCCAUUGCUGAUGUAAAUGUAGUACCCCUACUCAUCACUUUAAACAUUGAGCAGGAUACCAUGUUUGAUAGUUGCCAAAAACUACCAGGAGGUCCAGAAGCAUUAAUAGGACUUUUAUUUGCCUACACCAGGAUGUUGAAUACUGUUUAAGUAACAAAAUGCAGCUGGAAAUCAGAUUAUGGAAAAUUCCAAAAUCCAAGUGUAACCACCUGCUCAAUGAGCACCUUGUUUCCAAAGACUUUAUUUUUUACCAGCUAAUGCUUGGAAUAAUCUUGAGGGUUCCAUAGAGGCAGGGACAGACUAGAAUAAGAAUAAAUAUAAAUUAGAGGGGGAAAUAAAAAGUUUGCUUGCAAGAGCAUGUUUCUUGUGUUGAUAUACAGAAAGGGAGGCCAAGGGCUAUCUGGGGAAAGCUCCUUAGAACUAAACUGAUGCAGAAAAGAGGCAAAUGAUUCAUUGGCAUGGCCUUUGUCUUAAAGCCUAAACGGAGGAUCUUGAUAACAAGGUACAAACAUUUUAAUGGAAGAGAGCUAUUAAUAAAAGGUGUAGCUCUUCCUAGUACACAAUAGUGAUGUCGAAAGUAUGUUGGCUUGAGUCAUAGUAUCAUAAGGUGAGUAAAUCAAAUUGUAUAUUGUAUAUAGGAGUUAUAGUUGGGAUGGAAAUAAUUCCGUCAUGAUUAGUGAUAGAAAAUGAAAAACAGAAAGGCCUCUCAUCUCUUAGGUAUGUGUAGUAAAAAUUGCACAAUUGACUGGAAAAAAACAAGCCUAAUUUUUCUCUUUGAACAUCUCAUGUAUUGAUAACAUCUUCUGUAUGCUUCCCUUUUUUCUGCACCUUUCCUCUUUUUUAAAGCAUAUGGCUGAAUCAACAUGAUCUGCUUGAGCUUUACAAAUUUUUUAAAACCCAUGUCCAUUAGGAACAGAAGGGAAAUUGAAGAACUACAGUCCAUUUUAAAGAUAUUGGUCAUUGUGUUAUAGCUUCAGAGGACAUGUGUUUUUAUUUCGUAGUGGGGUUAUGAAUGUUGAGUGAAGUCAAUUUAAAACCAGGUAUACUUAUUUGAUUGUAUAAGGCUUUUCUAAAAUACCCCUUUUAUUAAGGAUUUUUAGUUGUAUAUUCCAGCUAAUGAAUUAAACAUCAGAAUUAAUACACUUUUCAGUUCUUGCAGUGUUGGAUCAGUGAGAACGGUUUAAUGGUGAUCCAACUUUUCAAGCCAAGUAAUAAUAAUAAUAAUAAUUAUUAUUAUUAUUUAUUAUUUGUACCCCGCCCAUCUGGCUGGGAUUCCCCAGCCACUCUGGGCGGCUUCCAAAAAAUAUAUUAAAAUACUCUAAUACAUCAAAUAUUAAAAGCUUCCCUGAGGGCCUUCAGAUGUCUUCUAAAAGUCUGGUAGUUGUUGUUCUCUUUGACAUCUGGUGGGAGGGCGUUCCACAGGGAGGGCGCCACUACCGAGAAGGCCCUCUGCCUGGUUCCCUGUAACUUGGCUUCUCGCAGUGAGGGAACCGCCAGAAGGCCCUCAGAGCUGGACCUCAGUGUCCGGGUAGAACGAUGGGGGUGGAGACGCUCCUUCAGGUAUACAGGACCGAGGCCGUUUAGGGCUUUAAAGGUCAGCACCAAUACUUUGAAUUGUGCUCGGAAACGUACUGGGAACCAAUGUAGGUCUUUUAAGACCGGUGUUAUGUGGUCUCGGCGGCCGCUCCCAGUCACCAGUCUAGCUGCCGCAUUCUGGAUUAGUUGUAGUUUCCGGGUCACCUUCAAAGGUAGCCCCACGUAGAGCGCAUUGCAGUAGUCCAAGCGGGAGAUAACCAGAGCAUGCACCACUCUGGCGAGGCAGUCCGCAGGCAGAUAGGGUCUCAGCCUGCGUACCAGAUGGAGCUGGUAAACAGCUGCCCUGGACACAGAUUUGACCUGCGCCUCCAUGGACAGCUGUGAGUCCAGAAUGACUCCCAGGCUGCACACCUGGUCCUUCAGGGGCACAGUUACCCCAUUCAGGACCAGGAAAUCCUCCACACCUGCCCGCCUCCUGUCCCCCAAGAACAGUACUUCCGUCUUGUCAGGAUUCAACCUCAAUCUGUUAGCCGCCAUCCAAGUUGGCUGCAAGAGUACUUCAACAUAGAACCCAUGGGCCUUGUCUUAUGCAAGGUGGGGGGACUGAGGCCAAAAUUUGAUAACCUCCCUGCAAGCCCUCAUGGUGCUUUCCCAAAGCCAGCUAAGCAAGGUGUAGGAUCUUUGGAAGGAAACAUGAGGCUCCGGCACAGUCCUAGAGCUCUUCCAACUUAUUCCCAAAGCUGGGAAACUGCUAAUUAGGCUUGGGAAGGAGGUGAGAGACCUCUGGGGAGGAGGUGAAAGGACUUUUAACAGUGUCCUAGAUUCCUCUCACCACCUUCCCAAAGCCCAGCACCUUGCUUACCUGGCUUUGGGAAGGCAGCAUGAGGGCUGUGGGGCAUGUGCCAAAUGUUGCCGAAAGCUGCAUGCAUCCCUUGGACAGUUUGUUGGACUGCCCUGGUUUAAGCUGCUGUUUACAUUUAAGGAAAUGAACUCUGAACUAUUCAGACCUGCUUACUUGGUGGUUAUCAUUGGUUACUGUUAGAAUUGCUGUUUAUAUCGUUCAGAUUUUCUUUUGAUGAAUACCACCAUUUAUUUAUUUACAGUACUGUGCUAUAUUAUACAAAACUAUUCAGAAGUAAAAACAAAACACAAUGGGAUUGCUGAGUGUAUAUAUGUGUGUGUGUGUGCGCGCGCGCGUGUGUGUACACACACACACACACACACACACAUUUCCACUGAUGCAUUGCUUUUUUAGUUUUGCAAAUAAAAUGAAAUCACAAAAUAGUUUCCAGCAUUAAAAUAAGGCAACAAACAUGAUAAAAUAAUCAGACAAUAGCUAAUUCUUGUUAAUUAUACUUUACGGUUAGGUAGAAAAGGGCAAGGAGGAGUAAGUAGGCAGAAAGCAAAGCAAUACAGUGGUACCUCGCAAGAAGAAUGCCUCGCAAGACGGAAAACUCGCUAGACGAAAGGGUUUUUGGUUUUUUGAGUUGCUUCGCAAGAUGAUUUUCCCUAUGGGCUUGCUUCGCAAGACGGAAACGUCUUGCAAGUUUGUUUCCUUUUUCUUAACACCGUUAAUACAGUUGAGACUUGACUUCGAGCAGCAACUCAUAGAACGCGGUGUGGUAGCCUUUUUUGAGGUUUUUAAAGACUUUGGUGAUUUUUGAAGCUUUUCCAAAACUUUCCCGACACCGUGCUUCGCAAGACGACAAAACUCGCGGAACGAAUUAAUUUCGACUUGCGAGGCACCACUGUAUCCUUUUCGUGGUCCAUCCAGCAAGCAGCAGUUGAAACAUCUCCGCUUUGGGCAUUUUCUUUGAACAGUCCACACAUUAAGGAACUCAGUUCAUUUUACAUCUUUCCUGGUUUUUCAUCUGUGUUGUCAGUUACUUGACUAAUACAGUUCUAGUACGUUCGUCAAUUCUCCUUAGGUUCCUAUAGUGAUCUCAGUUGAUGACAUGGUGCAGUAUGUUCCAGAAUCUCAAGAGUAUUGUGUGAAACAAGUGAAGUGCUCAACAGUGUAUAAAAUGUAAAAGGUUUAGUGGUAAUGAUACAUUGAAAUUUAAAAAUGUUACAUAUUUCUAGAAACUUAGUUUGAUCUUUCUGGAGCAGAAAUUAAGAAAAUGGUGGUGUACAAUCAGGCCUGGUGGUUUGAAGAAAGCAAUGAAAGGAAUACAAUACCGUUCCCUUCUGCCAAACCAGUUGUGUGGAGGGAAGCAAAACAUUGUAGGUCAUUGCACUCCCCCAAGCUGGUACCCAGCAAUCUCUCUUCUUGAUAGAAGUGGCAUGAAUGCUUGGAGCAUUAGUCAUACUUGGUCUGUAAUUUUAUUUACUUACAUACCGUAUAUAGCACUGAUUUUAUUCUCUUUGUAGAUUUCCCUUUCUUGCUUAUUUUAUGUAUAGGUUUUACUUUAUCUUUGAUAAUGGCAAUAUUUGUGAUGCCAUUUUUUGGAUUUUUUUAUGUAAAAAAAGAUUAAUCAAAGGAAAUUCAGUUUUAUUACCAGAUAUUUUGCUUCAUGAGGGGGUCUUUUGGUGCAGGUUUAUGGGUAGAAUGCUGAAUCUACAUUUAUUUGAUCAAGCAUGUCUUUAUAUGUAAGCUCUGUAAGACAGCUUACAUAUAAAAUAAUGAAAUACAAUUAAAUUAGUGCUGCCUAUAUCCCAUCAGCUGUGUAGUUCUGCUCUGGAGUGGCAUCACCCCAUCCAGAUGUUAGGUUGCUUUGUCUGAUUCCCAUCUCACCUAGUUGUUGGAAGUUGAGUAAUCGAUUGCCUUGUUCCAUCUCCUCCCCACCCCCGUUACAUUAUCAGUGGCAAAGAUGUGUUCAUGAGUGGAUAAUCUGUGGCCCUCCAGAUGUUGUUGAGCAGCAUCCUGGGAGCUGCUUUUCAUUCCCUGGUAUAGUUGAAUGAACCAAGUCUAGGAGACCCAAAUUCGAAUCCUUGUUUGACAAUAAACUCAUUAGGUAAUGUUGGGGCAGUCAUGUUCUCAUUCUCACCAUACUGCUAGUAUAAAAUCACUCAGACAACUAUGUGUGUUGUUCUGAACUUCUUGGAGAAUGACUGAAUAAAUAGGUAAUAACAUUUGUUAUGCUUUUUAAAAAUGAAAUUUAGCAGUAACAGCUAGCAAAUUUAUUCAGGGUGUGUAUAUCAUAUAUAUUUUUUUAUCUUUGUUCCUGUAAUGUCAAUAUUUUAAAACUAUUUGAACUGUUAAUGUCCAUCCUUAUGGCAGGGGAAUCCUCUGCACUUUACUAAUUGUAUUCAUAUGUUGUGUGAAUAUUUUUUUUCAUACUGUGCACUCAGGUUUAGAAACUGAGAUAUGAAAGCUAGGAGCUAAAUGGCACCUUAAACCUAGGAUAUGGGUGCAACAAUGGAAUGUCUAGGCACCCUUUUUAAUAACAAGAAUACAAAGCUGAAAAUGAAUGAACUGCAGCUAAAAUACUAUGUUCAUUUUUCACAUGGUCUAGUCCUCAUCUGAAGACUUCAAAAAACAAAGUUAUGCUUCCUCUGCCCCCCCCCCGCCAUAUUCUUAAGGGGGUCUUCUGCAGCCUUCAGAGAGUGGCUGGAAGUGGGGAGGCAGAAAAAGACCCUCCUUUCCUUCCACUCUGCAGAGAAACCCUCAAUUCUCCCCACACCCCCUUUCCUUCAUAUAAACAGUGCUUUUUUUCCCUUAAAAAUGUUUAGGGGUACUCUCAUUUUCCCACUCAUAUUGAACAUACUGCCCCUCAAUGAGGCCAAACUUAGAUUCAUAAAAUGUUCAGGGUAUGCAUUCCCCACGUCCCCCCCAGAAAAAAAGCACUGCGUAUAAACAUAUCUUUUUGGCACCACAAUUAACACAAAUUAAAGGCCUGUGCAACUAAUGGCAGAGACACCCACCUUGAGUGUCCAGUUCGCAAACCUAAGACUUAAGGGCCUUUCAAUGAUCCCACUCCAAAAUUUGUUUUGAUUUUAAGCAUCACUAUGUGACUGAGGUAGGGACGCGGGUGGCGCUGUGGGUUAAACCACAGAGCCUAGGACUUGCCGAUCAGAAGGUCGGCGGUUCGGAUCCCCACGACGGGGUGAGCUCCCGUUGCUCGGUCCCUGCUCCUGCCAACCUAGCAGUUCGAAAGCACGUCAAAGUGCAAGUAGAUCAAUAGGUACCACUCUGGUGGGAAGGUAAAUGGCGUUUCCGUGUGCUGCUCUGGUUCGCCAGAAGCAGCUUAGUCAUGCUGGCCACAUGACCCGGAAGCUGUACGUCGGCUCCCUUGGCCAAUAAAGCUCCACAGUCGGUCACGACUGGACCUAAUGGUCAGGGGUCCCUUUACCUUUACCUUUAUGUGACUGAGGUAGAUAACACUUUAACAUGCACUACUUAGACCAUCAUAACUAACUGGCUAGUAUAUUUCAAAUUAAAAGCACACCAUACAUUAAAAGUACAUUAAACAAGGCAACUAAAACCUAAACAAAGCAUGUUGGGUUUAAAAGAAAAGAACGUGUUCAGGUUCCCAAUCCAUGCACGUUUUACUUGGGAGGAAGCCCCAUUGAACUUGGUUGGGAUUUACUUCUGAGUCACAGUGGCAAUUUUAAUCUGAAAUCUUAGGCGCAGUACUGCGCCCAGAGCUCAGAAACUGCUCGCAUUUAUAAAAUUCCCUGUCGCAAAACGCGCCUAGAACAAUGGGAGUUUUGAACGCUGUGUGCACUGCAGUAUAAUCCUCUGAUGAAGGGUGGUUAAGAAAAAAUUACGUUAAAUAAAUAACCAAAACAGCUUGCAGGGCUGAUCCUAUUCAUUGUGUGAUCCUAUUACCUCAUUUCCCAUGGCAGCAUAGUCCAUUCUCUCUGUCCUCCAGAUCCCACUGCCUUCAGAUGUUGCUCAGUGGGCUCCCUGUAGUUUAACCUCUACUCAAGUUGACAGAAGCAUUUUAAGGGUGCACAGGUUCUGCCCAGCCUGUGUGAGGUCUUGUCUUAACAGCAGAUAGAGAGAGGCUCAGCUACACCCACUGAUAUGAAACAAUUGCAUUGUGAUGCAAAAAUCAUUGUACUGGGAAAAUAGCGAUGGUGCUACUUGCUGUCGGUUGUCUUGGCGUGUGGAGUAUUUUUGAAUCCUCUGGGAUUUGCACUAAGGUGGAUUGUAAGACAGUUGGAACAGCUUAGAGGUUUGUGUUGAGGAACUGAAAAUCCUCUCUCCCAUUUUUUUGCUCAGCAGUGGUAUUAUGGUAUUUUAAUCCACUCUGAAAAGAAUAAUAGGGAUAUUUAGAUGGGUGACCUUGUGCAGUGGGUGAACAUGUGAGGAAUAGUGAGAUUGUGCUCAUAAGCCAUUCUUCGUGCUCCCACUAGCCAUUCCCCUCUCCCAUGGCCUUGUGUCUAUGAAGGGGGGGAGCUCUGUGACAACAUUGUGCAUGUGUAGUGUUCCUUUCACGCAGAGGCCGAAUGCACAGCCACCAUAAGUAGGUGGCCAGCUGAUGCCCUGGAGGGGCAUGGCUUCUCUGUGCCAUCCCAUCCCAUUUCCUCCUCGAUAUAUAAUGGUGCUUAUCUGAAGCACUAUUCAAAAAUCUGGCUAAAAGUUGAUUAUAUAGGCAAAUACUUGGUUACAACAAUAACACUUUAUUGCGGUCGUAGACCAGCAUAAGGAGGGAGGGGUUAGGUUUCUUACGUUUGCUGUGUUAUACCUACAGGCUUCUCUGUGUUUUAUAACAGUUGGGGGAAAAGGUAUUUGCUGGCACUUCUGUACUAGCAUAAUUGUUUGCGUAGUUCAUACUGCUCUUCAGCUAGACAAAUUUCUGAAGGCUGGGAUUAUUGAGUGACAAGGUCAAGACAAAUACAAAGAAUUCUUUAGAGUGUAUUGGAUUUCAGGAAGCAAAUAAAGAAUGGUCUGUGUUGUUUUUCAUAUAUGAAUGGAAGGGAAGUUUAUUAGUUUUCUAUCAAUGCAUACAUUUAAAAGAUAUAUUAAAUGUAAACACAUUAAAUGUAAAAAAUGUACUGUUUAAUUGUGGUUUUAUAGUUGCAGUUACCUAUAAUUUGAAUCAAAACUUUGAAUAAAGAGCACUGAAUUUAUUUUCAAACACUAUUAAAUAAGAGGAUUCCAAAUUCUGAUAAAAUUAUCACAUCUUUUGUCUCUUUUGUUCUAAUAUAUCAUGUUUGGGUCAUAAGGGCAAUACCUAUGUUUUAUCUACCUAGUCUCUAUUUUUAGUAUCCCUGCUAAGUAGCUCUAGGCUCUAAGCAUUUAAGGUGCCCUGCACAAUAUGCUCCUACAAAAGCUUCUGUACAAGCCUAGAUGUUGAUUGUGGUCCAACUUCAUUUUGACUCUUAUGCUCAUGCCCGUCUCAUCAUUUGAGGCAUCUCAUGUAUAACUAGCAAGCAAACCAUUCCUGUGGAUGUUAUAUAAAGUUAUUCUAAAUCUCCCAUAAAUUCUGAGUGAAAGCAAUAAAUUUAAGGCAUUUGUAGCAUUGUAGCCUUUUGGGAGGAAUUCAAUCCCUGCCCCCGAGGCAGCAUAACAAAAUCUUGAGGCAAAAUCUGGUCCAGAUGUGUGCUCACUGUGGUAGACCCACUUGACGUGUUGCAGGAGGCCUGCACUGUGGUUUUCACAAGAAGUCUUCAUAAAUGUUAGCAUUUGGUAUGCUGAGGAAUAUAAACACCUAAUUUAGACUCUAUCAGAAGUAAGUGGAACACAAAAUUUAGACUCAGAUUGCAGCUUCUGGAUUGGAAGGCAGCUUUACAGACAUUUAUAUCUGCUUCAUUAGAUACUUGAUCAAGACUAAUCCAGCAAAGGAUACUACAUAGAACAUAUCAAACGCCUGAGUGCUUUAAGUACUUUGACAUACUGAGUGAGACCUGCAGCUAGAGAUACAGAUUAGAACACCUUUAUGGAGGGAGAGCCAACUGGGUUUUUAAAAAAUAUAUCAUUUUAAAAAAAAUAUUGAGAGUUUUCCACAUAAGAUACAGUAAACAACUCCAAAUAGGACUGGAAAACACACCUUCAAAUCUAUGGAAAGUUGUUGUCCAUCAGUGGAGACCAGGCUUCUCCAGCUUGGAGUAUGUGCUGUACAUUGGGCAAAGGCUGGUGUAAUGAGCUCAGUGGGCCAAUGGUGUGACUCAAUAUAAGGCUGCCUCCUGUCUUCCUAAAUAGAAAUAGAAAGCACAAGAGUUUUGAUGUAAACACUGUUUACUCUCUUUUAAUUUUUCUUCUUCUUAAAGGUGCCAUACGAAACGCUGAACAAACGUUUCCGAGCUGCUCAGAAAAACAUUGACCGAGAGACCAGCCACGUAACUAUGGUUGUAGCAGAGCUGGAGAAGACGCUGAGCAGCUGCCCAGCUGUGGAUUCUGUGGUUAGUCUCCUUGAUGGAGUAGUUGAAAAACUCAGUGUUCUGAAAAGAAAGGUAAGUUGGGUGGCUUUAAAAGAGGAUUAGACAAAUUCAUGGAGAAGCAGAGGGCUCUCAGUUGCCACAGAGGCAGCAAAGUUUCUGAAUGCCAGUUGCUGGAAACCAUGGGAGGAUAAGACGUCUGGUUGGCCACUGUGAGAACAGGAUGCUGGAUUAGAUGGGCCAUUGGCCUGUUCCUGCAGGCUACUCUUAUGUUCUUCAGGAGCUAUGCCAAGAAAGAGAUUACAUCAUAAACACAAGGACUUACUAAGAGGUGCCAUCUUUUAAAAGGUCUAGGAAGCUACAGAUUUGUUUUUGAUGAAAACUUAACUUCUAAAUGUUCGUUUAAAAAGGUUAAUAUUCUUCAGCCCCCAAAUGACCUAACAAGGAGCUCAACGUAGAAGUAACAUGCAGAAAAAAUGAGGAGUAAACCAGGUUGGAAAAAUGCAAAUCCUUUUUGCACAUAAAACCAAAAUCAUGUAUUGGCUUUGCUUACCCCCACCCCAGCAAGGUGGAGAGCUUUUAAGAUUUUAAGCUCUUCUGCCUGCUUACCAUGUGAUGCCUUCCCAGAACCCAGUAUGCAAGCCUGGGAGCUUUUAAGCUCGCUGCCUUCCAUGUGCUUAAUUUGUGUGAUAUCAGCUGGUUGGCCACCAAGCACCAGAGUUGCAGUCGUGCAAGUUAAAUGUGUGCAGAUUGUGAGUCGACUGUACAUAGUGUUGCACAGGUUCUGGACCAUAAUUCAGCACAAUUGUGGCUGUAGUUAAGCCCAUUGAUUUAAGUGAGAUGUGUCUAUCUUUGUAUUGGAUUCGGGUUAUAAAUUUUUGAUGGGAACAUUUCACAAGGUUCUGGUCCCACCAAUAUUUUAACUAUACGUGUAUGAUGACUGCAAAAUAAGCACCGUGUGUUACUGAAAAGUCAUGUUCUGCCCUUUGUCAGAAGCCUCAGCUUCCUUUGUUAAACAGUUGCACGUUCAUGGUAUGACAGUUGAUUCCUCCAGUAUCUCCUUUAAUUACAAGGAUGUUAACAAAUAAGUGGUAAAUGGUAAUAAUGGCUGUUUGUGUGUGUCCCAUAGUCCUGGGUAGAAUAGUAUAUGUUUCAGCUAUGUAUUAAUACUGUGACUUGACUGUUGCUGCCAGGAGCUCGUCUUACUCUCGAGUAGGACCCUGGCAGAGACACAUGCCCGACUGGCAUGUUCUCUCCCUCCUGGUCGAUCGUUCGGGAGCUUCAAAAGCUUUCUUCAGCCCGAACAUCACAGCGACCAAUGCCAACAGACAUCGGCCCACUUAGGGAUCCGCAGAGUCUUUGCAGCUUGCGUAACAGACCUCAACAACUCAGCAUUUUGGCUAAUCUACUUUAUUUACAUAUAAACACACACGGAGCACUGCAACAUGGCUCCCUCUCUCUGUAGCAUCAGACAGCAAAGAGAAAAAGAACAAAGGACGAUAGUCCCACUUCACGGAACACAGUAACACAAACAUCCUGUCUCCGUCACUUCCCACUCUGUGGAGUCAAAACAUACACCGUCAUGUGAUAGACAAAAAUCCCAUGACUGCAAUCAUGGAGCAGGAAUUCUAACGGUUGCCAGGGUGGGGUGAGGAUGUUGUAUUUCUUAGUAGGUUGUAUAUAUUAUUCUACAUUUACAUGGUAGAAAAUGUGAAAUGUGGAGUACAGACCUGUUCAAUGUAACUUCUGACUGAAUGAUGGGUUUCUUGAUAUAGGCAGUGGAAUCAAUCCAGGCUGAAGACGAGAGUGCAAAGCUAUGCAAGCGCAGGAUUGAGCAUCUCAAGGAGCACAGCAGUGACCAACCAGCUGCUGCUAACAUGUGGAAGAAAAAACGCAUGGAUCGUAUGAUGGUGGAGCAUCUCUUGCGAUGUGGCUAUUACAAUACAGCUGUAAAGCUGGCCAGGCAAAGUGGUAUUGAGGUUGGUAUUUGCUGUGAUGAAGUACAAAAGGCUGCUUUAUUUGGUACUGUCUGGAAUCUAGAUAGCUAUCUGCUCCCCCCUUGGCUACUUUCAGUUAUUAGAUUGUUAUUACUACUGCUUAUCUGGAAGACAUCACUUUCCUUGAGAAAUGAAAGGUUGUCGUGGAGACCUCAAAGGCAAUUGUUCAGUGCUGGGGUGCCUGCUGAGUCUUUAAGGCUGGGAGACUAGAUCCUGAUUUUGGGGGAGGGGGUGAUGUUAUGGAGGCAGCUUUCUCUUGGGGUCAGGCAUGGUAAAGCAUGGUAAGCCACAAGGCGGAAGCAAACUCUCUAUGUUCACUGCCUUGUGUCAUUCCUGUAUUGCUGGGGGUUGGACUAGAUGUCCCACAGGGUCGCUUCCAACUCUGCAAUCCUGCGAUCAUGCCUCUUCUCUUCCCCCAUUCUUCACUCCAUAUUUGACCCUAUGCCUGACGGGGUCAGCUAUCGAAAACCAAACAUAACCAACAAAUGGAAGACUACAGCAUAUCAAAGAGAGUACUAAGCUUGCGUCUUCCUCUCUGUCCUUCAGUUUCCAAGUACAGGAAGGUUUUAUACUGGAGAGAAAUUGAACAUUUUCCUGGCUUGCAGCUUGAAACUGCAGUUCAGAAAGUAUUUGCAUAUACCAUUUUAAGUACCGAUGCUGUAUCUGACUAUGUUUCAGAUAUAAAAUAGUAGCAGCUUCUUACUUGGGCAUUGGGAAUUCUAAGAAACCAAAAAGAAUCUGCAGUUUUGAAAGGCUCAUUUUUUCCCCUUUUUUUUAUUAUUUUUAAAAAAGUGAACCCAGCUUUCUUAAGUGUAUACAAUUUCACACAUCAAAAAGUGGCCUUUUGUCCUGUGAAAUGUUGAAAUUUGAAAAGCUUGGGAAGUCCAUAAUCCCAAGAGAGAAUGCACAAGCUCCAUCUGUCUUCAAAGACUCACCAGCAGUUUUUCAAGCCAGUCCUUCAGAAAUCUGCAUUGGCAUUUUUAGCUAUUGAGCAGAGGAACUAGCACGAAUUGUAACAUCUUUAACAUUAUGUCAUUAAGGGGGUGGAAUGUAUUCUCGCUCACUGGCAAUUUGAUUACCUUCCCAAAUAGUGUAUUUCUUGUCCAGGUGUGGCUGUUUGUCAUAGGUGGUGAAGAAUUGGGAUCCAUUUGUAUUUGGACCAUUAUUUGCCAUGGAAACAAUUCCAUGAACACUGUGUUUUAAGUAUCCACUCUAUUCAUCUUCAAAUCUUAUGCCCCAAAAGCUCUUUCCUCCUUUUCUUUUAAACAAAAUUUUAAUGGUUUUUAUACAAAUACAAGAACCAUUCAACACUUAUCCAGCAGUACAUCUAAUGGUGUCAGUUUCAUCCAUAUCCCCAGAUAUACGCUUACAAAUUCAACAUUCAAACAAAUUAUUUAACGUAACCUCUCCACUGAGAAUAUUGAGUGAUUGGUACAAGGUCUUGAUUUUGGUUAAUAACAUAGUUCCUCCUUUUCCAGAACCUGUUGGAUCUUUGGUCUGCGCCAUAAAUCCUUUGAUAUUCCAGUGAAAAAAUACAGCCAUUGUAGUAGUUACUUGUGCAGAGUGCCAGAAAUUUUUCACAAGCCUGGGGUGCUUUUCCACAGAAUAGCUCUCUUUUAAUUUAUCCCACAUCUGUAUGUAGGGUCACAGUCAUCUUUGCUGACUAGGAAUGCAGAGCAUAUCAGUCAGAAGGGGCAACACCAUUUGAAUCUUUCAGGAUUUCACAGCUCUAAAAAGGUGGGGAUGGGACUACAGGCAGCCUUACCAUUCCUUUGCUCCUUUUUGAAAGGCUCAUUCUGCCAUCUUGAUUCAGUAUGGAAUCCAAUUAUAUCCACUUAGACAAAAACCUGCUUCUUGGUCUCAGAAAUCAUCAUGCAAAAAUUUGGUUUCAAUAUCAUAGGAGUCCAAAUGCAUAGAAAACGAAUAAGUUUCCAAAAUACACUGUAUAUGUAAAAAUUCUCAUACAGUGUCGACAGCCCCAAGGACAAAGAAGGGGAAGAGUUGAAAAGUGCUCUCAAAGAAGAGAUCUCUAAACCUCAUUACUGUUUAUCUUUAAUUUUUCUUUAAGCAGUAACUAUAUUACAGUACUCGUAUUAAUAACUUGUUUGUUGCACCUGUAGUAUCUUAUAGCUUAAUUAUUUCAAACCUUCUGCUACUGAAGACACUCUGGAGAAUAAUCCAAAGUCUUUAAUCUUACGAUUGACAUUCUUCUAGUUUACAAAAUUUCUCUUCUUUGGUGAACAGUUGUGGAGUUGAGAUUUUGUAUGGUCCUCUAGACACAGGUCAGGACUUGAAGGUAAAGUGCCCCAAACUUGCCAGAAGCAGGGUUAUUUUUUCAUGCAAUGAAAAGAUGCUUUUGGCAUUAAGAAAUGCACAUUGUAUUGUGUAAUUUGCAGUGCUUGACUUCAAAUCACACAUCUUUGCCUCUGUUUGUUCUUCUGUAUAGGAAAGCAGACUAACUCAUCAUGUUUGAUAGAGAGGCAGGGGUCCAUUUUGUUUGGAUAUAGACUUCCGUAUGUUUGUAUUGAAUUCCAGUAUUUUAAAUCAGGUUAUUUUAAAAAGGAAAUACUUUAAAGCUUGGAACCAGAGCACUGCACAACUAGUUCCACAUGUUCAGGGAACUUUAGCUAUGUUUCUCGAACAGCAGCCCCCCACCACUGUACAUGGCAAACAUUCUUUGACACUGAAGAAGUUUUAAAAAGCAGUUCGUGACAGAUUAUUGGGGCCUAUUCCUCAAAGGAAAAAGCUAAGAUUCCCUAGACACACCCAAGCCCUUGAGUGUACUUAAAAUAGCUCUUCAGAUUUUGCCCAGUAUAAAUGUUUUAUUUUUUUAUUUCAUAGACAUUGACUAGGAUUUGGAUAAAAAUCUUCCUUCAUUAAGGAAAAGGAGUUUGACUGUCCUUAUAUUGGUGCUCUGCAAAUCCCUCCCUUGUCCCCACAAAAAGGAAAAACCUCAAUGUUUGGGUCAUCUUGAAAAGCUUAUUAGUUAUCUUAACGAAAGCUGUAUAUGGUGUCAUUCUUCUGGCUCUGGUGAGUAACUACCUCGUCUCAUUUUUUCUUUCCCUCUCCCACCCUCCUAUCUCUGUUUAGGAUCUGGUAAAUAUUGAGAUGUUCCUGACUGCCAAAGAAGUAGAAGAAUCCUUGGAAAGACAAGAAACGAUGACUUGCUUAGCUUGGUGUCAUGAUAACAAAUCUAGGCUCAGGAAGAUGAAGGUAUGCAAACUGGAUGAUGCUUUAAUUUAAUGUAACCUUUAUAGGUUGCAAAAAAAUUAUGCCUGAAUGAGCAGAGGUGAAUGGAUAAACAAUAAUCACUACCACCAGGAAAUGUAUUGGUUAAAAAUGCAUUUAAUGUAAUCUAGCUUGAUUCUUAGAAGUUGUCCCAUGUGGUGAAGCUGUAUCAUGGGCAAAAUUUGUUUCCAGUUAAUUAAAGUAUACUUACUAAAUUACCUUUACCUAACAAAACAAGUUUUAUAAAUCUUGUGUGUAAAAAUAACUUGGGCAAGUAUAUGGAGAAGUACAGGGCUUACAUAGCUACAAUUUUGUAUUCUACUGAGAAGUUUCUAUAAGCAAAGCUCAAGUUUUAUAGUAGGAAAAUUGAAUUGGGUGUGAACAGAUGUAAUUUCAUAUUGGGGAAAGGUGCCUUUGGUAAACGUUCAGCGUAACCACAUGCAGUUACAUUUCCUUGCUUUAAAAUAAUUAUAGUGCUUUAAAAAGUGUUGAGUGCACUUAACAUAGGUAAUCCUUGUUUUUACAGCAUUCCUCUAAGGUAAGUCAACAUUAUCUACACAUUGCAGAUAGGCACGCCACUGUCUACUUCAGCUCCCUAAGGCCACCUAAGGAGUUCUUGGCAGAGACGAUGAUUGAAACCAGGUACCUCUUGAUCCAUGGCUGCGUCUUAGCCAGAAGUGGUGUGUGUGGUGCUGCAGAGCCAAGAUCCCGGUACCGGCAUCCCUGUUGUUUACCUGGAUGGGAAUGUGGCGAGGCAGUUUUACCAGUGAGGCUGCUGGUGUUCACACACAGCCUCCACUCCGUCCCAGCACCAUCUAGGUAAAAAGUAGCAAUGCUAAGUUAGCAGGGCGGCUCUGCCCCACCACAUGCUGGUGUGGUGUAAAGCAAACAUUGGUACUUGCCAUGAUAAGUUCUUUCUCUGUAGAGGAGGAAAAGGAUCCUGUGUGGGUUGUCACCGCCCACCUCUCCACUGGCAGAAAGUCAAAUUUUUGAGGGGGUACACCUGGUGGGCAGGGCACCCCCCCCAGUCAAUUCAACUUCCUGCUAGCUCCACUGAAGGUCGCUCUUGCCAGGAGCUCCAAGCACUGCAAAAGAGAGAAGGUGGGAACACCAUUUUGAAAGGCAUUUUCCUUUGAUCUUUUGUUUGCUUUGUUCCUGGAUCAUCUUUCUACUCCCGCUCCUCUUCUGCCUGCCUCUUUUUCACUCACUCCUAGCACCAUCGAUCUCUUCUUCCUUCAGGUAUCCCUUUUCUUUGGCCUUUCAGGCCUACAGCCCUUGGAGGCUUCUGGACCUUCCAUGGUGGGGAGAAAGUUUCAGAAAGGGGUGAAAAGCGACGGAAGGGCUUUUUGCCCAGGAGGAGAGCUGCUUAGGAGGAUGGUGCUCUCUGUGGACUCAUCAGAAGAGUCGUUGGGAUCCCGGGCAGGGCAGACAAUGGACAUCGUAGCCUGGACCAAGGGCUCUGCCUCAACACCUUUGGCAGACAAGUAGCAGCCUUGGGCUCAGUGUUUAGGUCAGCAGGAGCCCCUCUGAGUUCCUUCUCCUUGGUCAAAUGCUUCUUGGCAGUGCUGCUAAUACUGCCCUGGGAUCUUUGGGUGAAGGGUGGUAUACUACUACUCCUACUACUACUAAAGUGCACAGGUUCCCCACCUAGGACCUCCAUAUGGUACUGAAGGUGCUCACUGGUCUCCCCCACCCCUUUGAGCACCUGCAGAUGGUACCUCUGAAGUUCCUGAGCUGCAAGGCUCUCUUCCUAGCGGCUAUCACCUCAGCCCGGCAGGUAUUGUAGAUUGCAGCCCUUUCUGUCCACAAGGAGUUAUGUAUUAUUCCGAAGGAGUCUGCCACACUGUGAUUAGACCUUCAUCCCAAAGGUUAACUCCAACCUCCACAAGGCUCAAGAGAUGGUCCUCCCUUCCUUCUGCUCAAAGCCCAGGUCCGCUAGGGAGAAGGAAUGAUACUCUCUAGAUGUGUGCAGGCCCAUCAGGAUCUAGUUCAGGUGCACAGUGGAAUUCCACCUAUCAGAAUUCAUGUUUGUUUCCUUCCAGUCCAGAUCCAAGGGACACAAGGCCUCCCCAGCGAUAUUAGCAUGAUGGAUAAAGGCCUGCAUCACCAGGAGCUGUGAUGGGUUCCCAGAGGGGGGACGGGCUCCUUCGGGUAUCACAGCCCAUUUCCACCAGGAGCGCAACCGCCUCAGCGGUAUUUCGGACCCAAGCCCCUCUGGGUGACAUAUACAGGGCAGCCAUCUGGUUCUCAUGUCCCACCUUCAUGAGGCAUUACUAGCUAAACAUUUACAACUCAGCCAAGGCUGCCUUUGGGAAAUGAGUGCUUCAGUAGGUAGGAAACACCAUUACCCACAGUUGCCCAGUCUGGUAAUUGCUGAGAUAUCCCACACAGGAUCCCCUCCUGCUACUAAAAGAAAAGUACCGUAUUUUUUGCUCUAUAAGACUCACUUUUCCCCUCCUAAAAAGUAAGGGGAAAUGUGUGUGCGUCUUAUGGAGCAAAUGCAGGCUGUGCAGCUAUCCUAGAAGCCAGAACAGCAAGAGGCAUUGCUGCUUUCACUGCGCAGUGAUCCCUCUUGCUGUUCCGGCUUCUGAGAUUCAGAAUAUUUUUUUUCUUGUUUUCCUCCUCCAAAAACUAGGUGCGUCUUGUGGUCUGGUGCGUCUUAUAGAGCGAAAAAUACGGUAAAUGUUGGUACUUACUGUGUUAAGUUCCUUCUCUGUAGGGAGGAAGGGGAUCCAGCCUUCCAGGUGACCACUGUGGGGGGGAGGCCAUUGGACACAAAGAGCUUAGGGUCGCCCGGUGGUUUGGGGCCCCCCACCACCAAUGUUCAGGGGCCUCUUCUCCCUCUCCCUCCACCCCGGUUUUCCCUUCACUUAUUCUUUAGCCCAUACCAUUCUUCUCCUCUUCUCCUGGGCUGCCUUACAGGGGUCAUUAGAACCUCUUGGGACUGGGCCUCAGGAACAGAGUGGUAUAUCCCACUGUGGGACAGCUGAGUUCCUUUCUCCUAACAAGUUGUGUUCCUUUUCCUUCCUGUCCUGUUAAGUUGUUUAAUUUUUGGCUAUACAGUUACUUGCUUAAGCACGAAUUGAACUGGUGAGGGGGUUUCCCCGCCCACCAGGCGUGCCCUCUCAAAAGUGUGACUUCCUGCCAGUGGAGACGUGGGCAGUGACAACCCACAUGGGAUCCCCUUUCUCUCUCCAGAGAAGGAACUUACCAUGGUAAGUGCCAACAUUUGCUUUGCCACACCAGCUCUUUGUUUUGCAAAUUCUCGGUACAGUCUAGUUGCAUGCAGAAACCUUACUGCCCAAGGUCCUGUCGACUUUGGCAGUAUAGGAUUUCAGUGGCAUACAAUCGUUACGUAAUGUUUUAUUGAAAAAGGUUUACUACAAGAUAAGCCGAAGAGAGCAGAAUAUGAAUGUGUAGUGUCCUUUAAAUUCAUAGGGGGAGGGGACCUCUUUAUAGUGCAGUAUGCAGUUAACUAUAGUGCAGCCCACUCCCCAAGUAUAAAAUUGCAGGAUAUGUGAUCCUGAAGCUGUAACUUGCCUCAGUGGUUGAAGGAGGAGAGCUGCCAUAGCAGUACAGACAUGUGAUAAUGUCUGGUGCAGUGCAAGUUGUAGCAUUUAUGCAUAAAUACACACGUUGCUAAAAUGGGACGCGGGUGGCGCUGUGGGUUAAACCACAGAACCUAGGACUUGCCGAUCAGAAGGUCGGCGGUUUGAAUCCCCGCGACGGGGUGAGCUCCCGUUGCUCGGUCCCUGCUCCUGCCAACCUAGCAGUUCGAAAGCACGUCAAAGUGCAAGUAGAUAAAUAGGUACCACUCCAGUUGGAAGGUAAACGGCGUUUCCGUGCACUGCUCUGGUUCGCCAGAAGCGGCUUAGUCAUGCUGGCCACAUGACCCGGAAGCUGUACGCCAGCUCCCUCCGCCAAUAAAGCGAGAUGAGUGCCGCAACCCCAGAGUCGUCCGCGACUGGACCCAAUGGUCAGGGGUCCCUUUACCUUUUUACACACGUUGCAGUGUGUUCCUUAACUCUUCCUUCUGCAACUUGGUGCCCUUCAGAUGUUUUGUAAUGCAACUCCUAUCAGCUCCAUACAGCAUAGUCAGCAGAUGGGGCUGGUACAGGUUGUAGUCCAGAACAUCUGGAGGGCGUUAGGUUGGGGAAGGGUAUUUUAACUCUGCCUUGAUGUAAGCAGACUGCAGUUUUAAACUGAAAGAAACUUCAAAAACAGCACCCCUCCACACACACUUACUGAUAUUUUAAAAAAACUUUAGGCACAUGGAUAAUAUUGCAGUGCAGUUGAUUAAUGAUUGUAUAUAAAAAGAGAACAUUAGGAUCAGUUUUAAGUGAAGGUUAGUUUUAAUACAAGCCCUUCACAUUGCAAUGAACAAAUGUUAAGAGAACUUCAGUACGAAGUAAUUUGAUCUGUUAUCACCAAGUACUGUAAGCAUUUAACCUGCGGAUGACCUCAGUCCAUCUAAUCCCCCCGCCCCCCGCCGAUGAACAAAUGCCUUUAGAUUUUCUUUAAAUUUUAUUAAGUAGUGUGGAAUAAUAACUUAUUCCUGUUCAAAGAGGUGUCAUUGAAAGAUGCAGAUCCUCCUAUUUCUGAUUGUUGCUUCUCAGAAAGUAUUUUCAGUUACGGCACAAAAUUCAAAUUUAAAAUGCAGAUAGGUAACACUGGCUAGAAAUCAGACCUUAGUCAUAGUAACAGGAUUUUUAAUAGCAUUCAAUUCUGAGGUGCAAAUAGAUUUGUUUUUAUGCAACUCAAACCUAUAUUAUUAUAUUAUAUUAUAUUAUAUUAUAUUAUAUUAUAUUAUAUUAUAUUGUAAUCUAGUGGCACAUCAUUAUUGACAUAAACACCAACAAAUAGAACUGCAUACACCUUAAUCCUAAAUAUAUUAACUCAAAACUCCUAUUGAUUUCAGUGUAACAUAAUGUAAAGUAAGUAUGUCUAAGAUCACGGGUUAAAUGUGGCCACAUCUAAGACCCUGUCUUUUCUUUAAUCUUAGAGCUGUCUGGAGUUCAGCCUAAGGAUUCAGGAGUUCAUUGAACUUAUUCGACAGAACAAGAGACUGGAUGCUGUCAGGUAUGGAAAUAGGAUGUGCAGAAUUUUGUACUGGUUAUAAUCCUCAAUUUCUACAUUCCAGUCAAGAGUCUCAUCCCACUAGGUCUCAGUGAUGCCUAUUAGACCAUAUUUGCUCAAAAUAGUUUUGUUUGGUUCCUAUACCCUGUGCGUUAAUAUAGAUACAAGUCAUUCCUUCCAGCUGCUUCCUCCUUGUAGUUUCCUGCCCUUUAGCAGGUUUCUGGAGCACAACCUCAGUUUCAUGUGUGUCAGUGAAGCUAUUACCCCAGUACCAAGUGCUCCCGUCGACCAACUAUUGUCCUCUUUCCCCAUAGGAUUUAGUUUAAAGCACUCCUGAUCGGGUUUGUGAGACUCUUAGCAAACAUAUUCUUGCCAACCACUUUGAGGUGCAACACAUCUCUUUCCAGAAAUCCUUCCUUAAGGAAGCAGAGACCAUGAUCCAAGAAGCUAAACUUUUCCAAACCUAAACUGGAAAUAUUAGACAGCUAGAAAGGCCUUUGCUGCAUGAUAUGUUAAGACUUGCCAUCCUAUUUUUCUGCUAGGGACAGUGUUGGUGUUAGUAGUGUUGUAGAUGGUAGGAUAAUGUAAUGGCGAUGAGGUAGAAAUAAGUUCCAUCAUAGAACAUGAUGUCAAAGAAGGUGUCAGAUACUACACUUGAACACCAUUGGGCUAGUGAUUAACUAUCCCAAGUUACUCAAACUGAUGAGGAUCAAUAUUUUUCCCUUCUCAAUUGUAUCUCAAGUUGCAGAUUGAUUUAAAUACGAUAAAAGUAAACUGGGGGAACCAUUGAGAAUUGAUCCAGUCUCUAUCAUCACUUUUCCCUCUUUGCCAUUUGUUGGUGUUGUGCGAUAUAACCCUUGGAGCUUUGAUAUGAAUGUGUAGAGUUCAGUUUGCAUGAUGAGUCAUCGAAUAGGCACAAUACAGUAGACUAUUAGGAGGAGCCAUUAGAAUAUGUGACUUUUCUAGCUGCAAGCCAGCAGGUAAAAUGAAUUUGCUCAGAUAACCUUAGCUAAACACCUAUCAGGCCUUGUACUGAGGGACUCCUGCUUUUUGGAGUUAGAUAAACGACUCACUGUGUAUUAGUGUAACUCGGUAUUCUUAGAUUUUUUGUGUUUUUUUCUUUAGACCAUUUUAGAGCUGUUGUACAGCACCAUUACUGCUUUGUCAAACUGACAUGUUGUGUCUCUAAACUAAUGCCUUAAAAUACAGGCAACUCUCAACUUACAUGGUGGUAUGUUCCAGGGAUAGUGUGUAAAAACCAAAACACAUUUUGUUCAGUUGCAGUUGGGAUUGCCCAAAGUCUUUCUUCCCAGAUACCCACCCUCUUUCUGCCCUCUUUAAAAAUAUUUUUUAAAUGCCAAUAAAGUCGAAUGUGUGCAAGUUAAAUGCGCCUAUGUUGUGAGUUACCUGUAUUCAGCAAAUUUUUGUUUUUCUUACUCAACACCAUCUUAUCCCAGGACAAGGGGUGCUGCAAGGAAGGAGACUGACGACAUACUAGCUGUAUUGGUCACACAGAAUCAAAAGCAGAGGUUGUGAGAUGAUUGCAUUGAAUGGACCAGCUGAUGUUCCGAAUGCCAGAACUCUUCUUCUGGCACCUGGUUGUUGCCACAACAGCAAUUCUUGCUGUUCUGCAACAACGGACUUGACAGCAUGUUGGUCCUCAUCAGCCCUAACACUGCUACAUGAAAAUCAAAAGUGUUUCCACACCAUUCUUGCUAUGGUGGUGACAUUGUAGAUGAGGGGUGCACACACCCCUCAGUCUCUUGACAAUGUUUAGCACUAUAUUUGAAUCAGACACUCCCCAGGACUUGCAACAAAAAUUGUGUUUUGAUGGAUGAUCACGGCUCAUUGGAUUUUCUUCUGGAAUAAACUUUGUGGCUCAGACAUGUAGUACUUUCAUAGAUAAGAGAGAAAACUUCCUGGGGUUGUAAGAUUUGCUUCGAAAAAUGUUUCUCUUUGCAGGUAAGGGUUGGUACUUCUUAAAAAGAACAUAAAGCAAACAUUGAGAUGCUGAGGAUGCAAGCAGAGUAAUUUUGCGUUCUGAAUUUCAGACAUGCAAGGAAGCAUUUCAGCCAGGCUGAAGGAAAUCAACUGGACGAGGUACGACAGGUGAUGGGAAUGUUGGCCUUCCCUUCAGAUACUCAUAUCUCUCCUUACAAGGUAUGUGUCAAUUUAAUGAAGCUAAAAAGAUGGGCAGAGGAUUUUUUUCUUUUUUCGCAGUGUACUGAUGCGCUAACGCUUACUGACUCUAAAUUGAUGCCCAUUAUUAAAUAUUGAGGAUUUCAAACAUGCAUUUAACCCGCUUGUUGCUAUUGGCAAAACGUUCUGUUAAUCUGCUUCUCGAUAUUGACAGCUGGGAACGGUUGUGAUUCCCCGCUGGUCUAUUUGAAAGUAUUAAAACUGAGAUGCACAAAAAAAUUCCAGGUUCAACUGGUUGCAGUACAUACCAUAUUUUUCGCUCUAUAACACGCACCAGACCAUAACACGCACGUAGUUUUUAGAGGAGGAAAACAAGAAAAAAAAUAUUCUAAACGAAAUAGUGGAUAUAUGAUUUUUGUGGUUCAUGCUGUGGCCACAGACAUGUGAUCUGACAGUGAGUUUGGAGUAGCCCAAUGCAAAAAUCCUGAGGAUCCAUGUGGAUCCAUGCUUUGUAACCACGGAGGAGGGAAGGAAGGGGAACCAUGGAUCCUCUGCUCACGACUGCAGCAGAUCCCCCCCGUCACCCGCAGGCAUUCGCUCUAUAACACGCACAGACAUUUUCCCUUACUUUCUAGGAGGAAAAAAGUGAGUGUUAUGGUGCAAAAAAUACGGUAAUUACAUUCCCAAUACUCAGAAACUAUUGAAAUAUCACAGUCUGCCUUUUGCUUUUUGUGUCUCUGUGUUCCCCCCACAGGAUCUUCUGGACCCUGCCCGGUGGAGGAUGCUAAUCCAGCAGUUUAGAUAUGAUAACUACAGGCUGCAUCAGCUGGGGAACAACUCUGUCUUUACUAUAACACUCCAGGCCGGGCUUUCAGCUAUAAAAACACCGUAUCCUUCAGUGCAUCACAGUGGGGUGCUGAAACUUGGUCCUUAAAAAUUCAGUUUUUUGUAGACUACCUGUUUCUUGAGCUGCGUUUGGCCAAUUUAUGUCCAAAUUUAAGACAUACGUUUAUGCCUUGAAUAAUUUUUUUAAAAAAACGGAGCAGCCAUCUUUCAUUGUUUGUGUUUUCCAAAAUGCAGAUUGCACGACACACAGGCUCUUAAUCUUGAUAUAAAUUGGGAUUUUAUUUAAUUUUUUUGUAAUAUAAGAAUUCAGAAAGGACUCAUUCAUUUUUACGUCCUUGGUAAAAAAAAAAUGAGCAAGCCUGAGCCAUUGGGUGUCUUGGCCGCUGUUUUAGUGAGCUGAAAAUUUAACAGGUUUAGGAGGCUCAGAAGUAUACAAAAAUAAAACUUGAAAUCAACAUCUGCACCUGCAGAUCCACUUUCUUCAUAUAAGCCUAAAAGCCGUCUUCUGUAACAGAUGAGUUCUCUGUUCGGUGUUUGUUAUUCAAAUAUGUAAUUUAUCUAUUAUCCUUUAACUCACUUUUAAAUAGACAAUGUUAUAAAGAGGAUGGCAGUUCCAAAAACCCUGACUGCCCUGUUUGUAGCAAAUCCCUAAAUAAGCUGGCUCAGCCUCUGCCAAUGGCACAUUGUGCCAACUCCCGACUAGUCUGCAAGAUUUCAGGAGAUGUGAUGAAUGAAAAUAAUCCUCCCAUGAUGCUUCCAAAUGGAUAUGUGUAUGGAUACAAUGUAAGUGUUUUUCCAUAGAUGUUUCAAACUAUUGUGAUAUACUGUAUGUGGCUUCCUAAAACAGGUAAUGGCGUUAAAUUUGUUUGGAAAUAAUAAUAGUAAUAAUUUAUUUGUACCCCGCCCAUCUGGCUGGGUUUCCCCAGCCUCUCUGGGCGGCUUCCAACAAAGAUUAAAAAUGCAUUAAAAUAUCACACAUUAAAAACUUUCCUGAACAGGGCUGCCUUCAGAUGUCUUCUAAAUGUCAGGUAGUUGUUUAUCUCUUUGACAUCUGAUGGGAGGGCGUUCCACACGGUGGGUGCCACUACCGAGAAGGCCCUCUGCCUGGUUCCCUGUAACCUCACUUCUCGCAGUGAGGGAACUGCCAGAAGGCCCUCGGCGCUGGAUCUCAGUGUCCAGGCUGAACAAUGGGUGUGGAGAUGCUCCUUCAGGUAUACUGGGCUGAGGCCCUUUAGGGCUUUAAAGGUCAACACCAACACUUUGAAUUGUGCUCGGAAACAUACUGGGAGCCAAUGUAGGAACUUACUGAACCUUCCAACUUUAACUUGUACAGCUUUCUGCUUUGCUGAAUUCCACAAAAGCCUUCAAUAAUUUGCUUAGGCCUUUAAUUGAAUUCAGCAGAGGACAAAGCUUCAGAAAAUUAUCUUUGUGGGUUAAUGGUAAGAAGUGUAAGACGCUCCCGAUGAAAUAACUUCUUAAUUCUUGAAUAUGUUGAGCAUAAUAAAACAUUUUGGCACUUUGAGAAUUUAUUCUCUCUGGGUUUUCUCCUGCAUCUAGUUGUCUUUUUGGUUUGGAGCACAGUAAUGGGCCUUGAGACCUCAGACUCAAUCUAGCCAGCACUGAAUGCUGUGAUAGGGUGGUUUGUGUGCCUGGCUAAGUGGUGCUCAUAUGGACUACAGGUGGUUACAUUCCCCUUAAGGCAGGCAUGGCCAAACUUGGCCCUCCAGCUGUUUUGGGACUACAGUUCCCAUCAUCCCCGACCACUGGUCCUGUUAGCUAGGGAUGAUGGGAGUUGUAGUCCCAAAACAACUGGAGGGCCAAGUUUGGCCAUGCCUGCCUUAAGGGCUCACAUGCAGUUUUGGUCUACUCUUUCAUUGUCACUAGAGGCAUAAGUAGACUCCGUAGCUCAGAAUACCUUUUAUUAGCUUAAGCUGAGGCGGACAAAGAUAGCUUUGCUACAACUUUUGAUACCUGUUAACCUCCUGUUUGGAUUGCUGGAAUGCAUUGUACAUGGGGAUCCUUUUGAAGAUGGCUCAGAAACUUCAGUUUGUCUUGCAUCUUCAUUUGCUCCAAAAUAGAGCAGCAAGCAACUGAGACAGAUUGAUAAUGCUCAUACACCAGUGCUUCACCAACUUCACUAGCUUUAUAGUCCAUUUUCAGGUCCAGUUCAAAGGGUUGUUAUGAACCGUUUUAAGCUCUGAUUGGCUUUGGUUGACAGUUACCAGAAAGAUCACCUUUUCCUACGUGCACCUAUUCCAGAACUUAAAAUCAUCUUUCAAUGCCCUUCCCUGGAUUCCCAUCAAAGGAAUCUCAGCACCUGGAAACUCAGGACCUUUACAGUUGUAGGGUGCCCUCCAUGGAGAAACUUGCCUGGUGCCUACAUUGUGAAACCUUUUCAAAAUAUUCCCAGGCUUUUUAAUAUUUAUAUUUUAUUGCUUUUUAGAUUCUUAUGCUAAUGUUAACUUGUUGCAAAUUUUUACAUGGGUUUGAUGCAUUUCCUAGUUUUAUUCUGUGUUAGCAUGUCUCUUACUUGAUUUAAACCUUUAAACCACCCAAAUAAACUUUAUUAGGCAAUAUAUAAAUAUUGUAUAUAAUAAUAAAAAAAUCAGUCAAAAUAGGAUUACGAAAAGGCUGAACAGACAUUGGCUAGUGUGUGUAUAUAGCAGUGUGGAGUCUUGGAUUGUGUAUAGCUGUUGCCAGCUCUUAAAACUUUGCAGUUAAGAUAACAGAAACUGAAGAAUGGAUAAACACUUUAUUUCACUCUGGGACUAUCAUAAUUAAUCCCUCUUCUUUUUGUUUCAGUCUUUGCUUUCUGUUCGUCAAGAUGAUAAAGUAGUUUGCCCAAGAACCAAAGAAGUCUUCAACUUCUCACAAGCUGAGAAGGUCUACAUUAUGUAAUUCCCUCGUACAUACAAUGAAGUGCCGCUGGAAUUUGACAUAAUAUAUUUUGGCAUGACUUGUAGAGAAAGAUCUUGAGUGUGGCUAAGAGAGCUGGGGUGGGAAUCAGAUUGGUUGGUGGCAUUUUUUAUUGCGACCAAAGAUCAAUGAACAACAAUAUACACUCUUAGAAACUGAGGAAGUGUGACUAAAAGGUUGUACUUGGAGGGAACAAAUAUUGAAUGUUUGGAUUUUGUUACAGUAAUUGGACUUUUCUCAAAUAAUCAUCCAGCAAAAACUCAGCUAAAAAAAUGGACAGUUUCACAUGAGAAAAAAGUUACAGUGAACCUCAAAGGGCCAUUUCACACUUCCAGACCUGUUUUCAACAUCACCAAUAUGUGCCCAUGUAUGGAAGAACUUAUUAUUUGAAGGGGCCAAAUAUGCAAAACUGUGAUACAUGCACCAGGGAACUGGGGCCAAUCACGGCCUCUGAAUGUGUGUCGACCUUGUGGCCUCAGGUGUGUGCACGCACACACGUGCAUCUCCCCUUCAAAUGUGGUUGUCAGCAUGAGACACAUAAACUGGAAAUAGAUUUGCAAUGUCAAAAGUGUGAUGUAGGUCUGUGUGCUUCCUUUUUCUGUGUUAGCAAUUGGCUAAGACCCUUUUGUUUGAAAUCCUCUUCCAUUCUGCCUUUGAAAUGAUCCCAUGGGCCAUAGUAGAUGCUUGACGACAACACUAACACAAGGCUGAUUUAACUGGAUCAGUUAGGAGUUCUUUGAAAAGUACUGCAAGGGUUUAUUCUCUUCCAAAAACCCUCCAGACAUUGACCAUCUUGGGAAGACUGCAUAAAUACGAAGUAACUGAAAACAUUACAGGCACAAUGCACUGCUUGUAUGUCUGUCCUUCUUCCAGUUGACCAUAGUGUUAAAAUUCUUCAUUUAUUAGUUACUAUGUGCAUAGGAUUCAAUAUCAAACCAUUAGUGCUACUGCCUUAUUUCUUACUUUGAGAAUGUACUCACAUAAAGAUCAGCUGGUAACCUUAAGUGUUGGGCAAAUUUUGAAGAUGCCUUGCAGGAUUAAUUAUGUAAUUUUAGGGUAUUCAUUACACAAGAGAUUAGUUCAGUUUUAACAGCUGCAAAUCACAUCCUUAUCACUCUCCAAAUAAAACCAUUGUAGUUGGAAAAAACCAUAUGGUAGAAGUUUGUAUUUAGCAUUUAUUUUUGCAUGUUGAUGUUGAUUAGCUAAUAAAGACUGUAAACACAAA